AUGAAGAAAACUCAAACGAAAUUUAAAAAUUAUUGCAAAGCUCAUCAUCUUUGUUACUUUGGUAUAGACUGCAAAGAUAAAGCGAAGUGCCACAACAAUAACAGAUCACACAUAUGUGUUUAUGAGCGUCAGUAUCUUUGUUCCCAAACAAGAGAAUGGUGCAUAUUUGAUCAUUUGGAGGAUAUUGAUAGUGCACCCAUACCUCAAGGACCAAAUCCGGUACAGGCCAAUUUCGCUCCUCUCUCCAGCUCCUCAGAUCAUAUCACCGAGGAUAAAAAACGAAUAGAGUCUAUUGCUAGUAUCAAAGAAUGCGUCUCUCAACCCUCAAAACAUUUGUCCUCAACUACUGAAGAUCAGCCCAAUCACCAACAAAAAAGUCCAGAUGUUAUGCAUAACACCACUAGCACCAGUUCACAACAAACAUCCAACAUCUCGUCCAAACAAUCUCCUUUAACGCCAUCGACUGGUUCAGGAUCUAGAAAAACCAAUAGUAAAUUCAAACCAAUCCAAUGCAAAGAGGCAGAUCGAAUCAAGUCAAUUUUAGGUGAAUUAAGUUCCGAGAUGGAUUAUUCUUUAAUGGUCAAAUAUCAAAAUAAUCCACAUUUUGUUUGCUAUUUGGCAUUGGUUUCAAAUUUAUAUGUAAAAGGUGGAAAAGAAAGAUCUGAUCCUUACCUUCAAUCACAAAACAGAGAGAAUAUCGAGAAAGAGUGGGAAAUUCGUUCAACAACAUGCGGAGAAUUAUCUCAACCCGCAUAUGAUUGCAUCAAGUCAAUCAACAAGAAGUGGUGGGUCGAUAUUCAUCCUCUUGAAUUGAAAGAAACUAAAGAUGAAUAUAAUCCAGAGAGAAUUGUUCCAAAGGUCUCUGUUUGUGACCAACACUUCCAAGAGAUUAAUUUUUCUUUCCCUCCAGGUCUAAAAAUCAAUAUUUCAAUCGUCCAAUCGGACCCAAUGAGUCCAAAGCAUCUGGCAAAAAAUGUAUCUGGUACCAGGGAUUGUAUAUCAUUUAAAAACAUGAACGAAAAAAUGAAAGAGAUAUUCGGUUGGAGAGAUCCCAAAUCUCCAUAUUCAUUUUCGAUUACAGAUAUUUAUCCAUUUGUAAAUAAUAGUAAAAUUGGAAUCCCAGGUGAUGGUCUCCAGCACAUGAUAAAUAGAGCCAUUGAAAUUGUUAAAAGCAAACCGAGAAUCAUUCUUCUAUGUGGUAGGGCCCCACAAAACAUCUUUAGAUAUCAUUUCAAAAUUGAAGACAAACAAGAUUUUUACUUUAUCAACAAUGGAGCUGAAAGAAUCUUGGUUGUAGAGUCGUAUCAUUUCUCGAGAAUUAAUUUACGAAAUAGAGAGAAAAGUUUUGCUAAUAAAAUGGAGAGAGUAAAGAAUUACCUAAAGACUGGAGAGAUGGUUUCGGUGAAUGAAACUCUACAACAAAUAACAAAGAGAGGUGGGGGUCCCUCCCGAUUUGUGAACCUCCUCAAAGAAAAGGUUAACCUAGUUACUAUUUCACAACCAAAACCAGAUCCAAAGGAUUCAAAAUCCAAUAUUUUAAAGGGCCAAUCCGAUAAAACCAAAGAUACUCAAAGUAUAGACACAAACAUUGAUGGACUCAGUUCUCAAAUUUCCUCAAAGUCCCAAACCAGUGACUUUGGACACCAAAUAGACAACAAUUGCUUUGGGAACCAAACAGACAAUGGCUCUGGGCAUCAAACAGACAACAAUGGGUUGAGACACCAAAGAGAAGGGCUUAACAACAAUACCAAUUUUUACAAUCCCCCUGUAUCUAAACCCUCAACACCACUGAAUGGGUCUGCUUUUGUCAACCUAAAUGGUUUCAAUCCUCCAACCCAAUUAUCCACGACAGAGGAAAAUCUGAAACUAGACUUUUCCCAAGUGAAUCCAAAAGAAAUCAAUGUCCCAUCCUAUUCUAAUCGAUUAAAUAAUAAUAAUAAUAAUAAUAAUAAUAAUAAUAAUAAUAAUAAUAAUAAUAAUAAUAAUAGUAAUAAUAAUAAUAAUAAUAGUAAUGGUAAAAGUAAUAAUCCCAUCAUACACAACUAUAUUGAAAAUAUGGAUAAUCUUACUUCUGACUUUGGUCAAAAAUUACUGAUUUCGAAACCCAAAUCAGACUCAGAGGAUUCUUAUUCAAAUUCCAAUGUUUUGGAUAAUGCCAUUGAUAAUAAUAAGAAUAAUAGUGUCAUAGACACCAAUGGCUUUGGACCCAUUAACAAUUCCUCUGUAUCUCAAACCUCAGCACCACUGAAUGGGUCUACUUCUGUCGAUCCUCCAACCCCAUAUUCCACGACAGGAAAGAUUCCUCCAGACCAAAAUGCAUUUAACAAUAAUUCUCGAAGAGGUCCAACAGGUCCAACAGGACCCAGAGCAUUAAAUUCCCCUCCUUCAGCAGACAAGACUUAUAGAUGGACAACGUACGUUUUGUGGUGA